UUCAAAGAGUAAAUACAUUGAAAACAGCAGAAUAUGCCUUAAAAAUUUAUUGAAAUUCAUAUAAAAACAACAACAAACGCCAGCAAUACACAACAAGUGAUAAAAUUAAAAACGCACAAGAGAUCAUAGAGAAUAAAUGAAAUUAUGACGCCAGCUAAGAUUUGGAGGACGCACCUGUCUUUGCUAAUGCAAUUAAUUUUUUUGUGCUUUGUCCGCAUCGAAAACGGAAGCGCGAGUCCAUCGCGUGUGCGUUGCGAAAAACCGGACAUGAUACCGAACGGAAGCUAUCGAUUGAGACGCAACAAUAUGGUGAUGCGUAUCACCUGUAAUGUUGGCUAUCAGUUACAAGGUUAUCGCCUAAUCAGUUGCGUUCGUGGCAAAUGGUCAGAGGAGAAACCAGUCUGCGCAAAAAAAGGCUGCAAAGAGGUUUUAAAGGCACCCGAAAAUGGUCAAAUUCAUGUUGAAAAUGAGUUAAAAGCCAUCCUAUACUGUUUGGAUGAUUAUAAUUUAGCUGGAAAUCGUUAUACGUACUGUAACGGUACACAUUGGGAUCGUCCCAUUGGCAAUUGCCGCGCUCCUAAAAAUGUAGUCCAACAUUCUUGCGAUUUCGAGACCGACGAUAUAUGCGGUUGGGUUUAUGAGCCUCGUGACGGACUCGAAUGGAAACGUGUUAUAGCGGCUAAUGUUUUUACCACUUUCCGUACGGGACCACGACACGAUCACACCACUUUGACAGCUAAUGGUGGCCAUUAUAUGCUAAUGGAAAGCUUAACCCGUCAAAAUACUCCAGUGAUUCUAACAUCGCCGAUCUAUGAACGGGCGUUAUCAUUGAAAACUUCAUGCUGCUUUCAAUUUUAUUACUUCAUGUACGGAGCAGGUGUCGGUAGCUUAUACGUAAUUUUAAAACCGAUAUCGAUCAGCUUGGAGGAUAUAGUGAAUAAAAGAAAAAAUUUCAUUAAAUUCCAAAAGACUGGUAAUCAGAACAAUUUGUGGAAUGAAGCGCACUUCAGCAUCGAGGAGUUGGAAGAGGACUUUCAAAUUGUGUUUGCGGCUAAAGGAGGCCAAGGCCAUUUAAGCGAUAUUGCCAUUGAUGAUGUUCACCUAAUGACAGGCGAUAAUUGUCGUGCAUUGGAUAGGAAAGCAGAUCCUGUUUACAGUAGCGUGGAGUAUAUCUCUACAACGCCGUAUGAAUCCAUAUAUGAUACUCAGUCGUGCGUGGGACGUUGCAAUGACAUAAAUAAUAGCACAGAUGCUAUGUAUUUACUCAACCACUUAAUGGGCCUUUGUGAUUGUAAUAUUGGUUGUGAGGAAACGUGUUGUCCUGAUUUUAAAAUUGUCUGCUUAAGUGAAAUAUUUAUGGAAUCCACUACGAUGGAAUCAGAUGAUACUAAGGCUGGGGAAACUAUAGAACCGGAAACUGGUUUUAUUUACAAAUCAACAGCAAGAUCGUUAAUUAGCAGUACUUCCAAAGCGCCUGUCAAUGUUACGAGCACUAGCACUACGCUCCAAACUGUACAACCGAUGGAGUUUACAACACCGUCUAAAUCGAGUGCUGUAACAUCAACUACAACAACAACGACUACUACAAGAAGUACUUUAAAAACUAUCCCUACUACAAUCACAGUAACUACUUCGACAACCACGCCCUCUAAUACAAUAGCAAUUGUUACGACUACUUCUAAACCGACAACUGCGAGCCAGAAGUCUACAACAGCAACAACAAUUGCUACCACUCGCAGGUCAACGACUUCCACUCAAAAAACAACCAUAACUGCUGCUACUAGCCGUAGAUCAACUACCACAACUCGAGCAAUAACUACAACAAGUCGUAAACCAACUACAAUUACUCCUCGAACAAGUACAACAACGCGCAAAACACUCAUUAUCAAAGCAACAACAACAACGCCCUUAACACUAACAAUACCACUUGCAACGAUUACAACAACAGAAAAUUCAACAAAUCUAGUGAACAAUACGACGAACAAACCAUCGACAAAAUCGAAAACAAUGGUAUUCAUUGUAGAUCAUGACGACAUAUCUAAUCCAGAUGUUAUAAGGCGUGGUACCGAUCUGUUAUAUUGCACGCUUGCUAUCCUAUUGACUGUCAUUCUAUGCGUAGUUAUGUAUCGGCGGUGCGGCAAUCGUGCUGUACACUGGUCUAUGAUACGUUUUAGUCGCAACAAUAGCGGUGAUGAGGAAACAUCAUCGAUAAUAGGAACUUUUAAUCAACCCCAAAGCAAACCAUUAUCAUAUCGUUGUAAGAAAAUUGGAAAAACUGCUAAACGAAAAUUUCAUUUUACAUCAUCGAGUUCGAACUCUCAUAGAAACGAUAUUAGAACGCCUUUGUGGGAAGAUGAUGAAGACGAUGACGAGGGUGGCGAUGUACCGAAUACGAAUGGAAAUCUAUCAAUGAAAAAUAAAUUGUUCACUGAAUUGUAA